AUGCCUGAAGCUAGCAAGAAUCCAUGGAAAAGUGUAUCAAUUGAUUUUUGCGGCCCGUUUCCCAGUGGCGAGUACUUACUUGUAUUGAUUGAUGACUACUCACGAUAUCCCGAAGUAGAUAUUAUUAGAACAGUAGCCCAUACAACUGUUAUUCCCUGUCUUGACAAAAUCUUUGCUACUCACGGAAUUCCCAGAACAGUUAAAUCGGACAAUGGCGCCCCAUUCAAUAGUACAGAAUUCAAACAGUUUGCUAAUUAUCUUGGUUUCCAACAUCAGCGUAUAACGCCCUAUUGGCUUCAGGCAAACGGAGAAGCCGAACGAUUUAUGAGAACGUUAAAGAAAACAGCUAGAACUGCCAAAGUUGAAGGCAGGUCUUGGAAACAAAACUUGUUUACCUUCCUCAGAAUCUACCGGGCUACUCCCCAUUGUAAUUCAAUCGUGCCAUAAAUGUCAAGUUAUCCCAGUCACAAACUGUAGCACCAGCUGACCCAAACCAUCAACAAGCAUUUGAUGCAUCAUGUAAGUCAAGACAAAAGAACAAGGUCCACUUUGACAAACGAACCAAAUCCUCUGAAUUCAAAGUCGGUGAUGCAGUCCUGCUGAGAAACUCAAAGAAAGGUAAAUUGCAGACUCCUUAUGAACAUCAGAAAUACCAAAUUGUUAAGAAGAAAGGAUCGAUGAUUACUGCGUCAAAUGACAAUCGCCAAGUCACUCGGAACUCAUCACAUUUUAAAAAGUUUAAAGAAAAGAAAGGUGAAACAGAUAACCCAGCAGAUAAAGAAGAACAGCCGAGCAAGCAGAACACCAAUGAACGCCCGAAAAGGAAAACAAAACCACCAGCCUACUUUGGCUAUAAACAGUCAGAUAAGUAA